GCUAAAGUAGGAAAACGCCGCCGCGGACCCGCUGGGUGGAAACUGGACCCGAACUUCCAACCUGCACCAGGUGAGUUCACGACAAGUCCAUCCUGCGUGACGUCAGAAGAGCGAGGAGCCCGUCCUGGUCCAGCAGAACCAGCAGAACCGGCAGAACCAGCAGCAGUGCCGGAUUAAACCUAACUCGCCAACAGAACCGGUCCAGGCAGGAACUUCUCUCGGCUCCAGGAGUCCAGAUGGGGGGCCAGGUGUCGGUACCGGACGGGGUCCAUGUGGUGGUGGUGGGCGGAGGCUUCGGGGGCAUCGGCGCCGCCCAGCAGCUGCGGUCCGCGGGCCUCAGCUUCACCCUACUGGACCAGCGGGACGCCUUCCACCACAACGUGGCGGCGCUGAGAGCCUCGGUUCAGCCCGGCUUCGCCAGGAGGACCUUCAUCCCGUACGCCGACACGUUCGGAACCAGCUUCGUCCAGGGCCGGGUGGAGCGAGUGGACCCGGACAGGCAGGUGGUGGUUCUGCAGGGAGGCAGGGAAGUCCAGUACUCCCACCUGAUCCUGUGUACCGGUACCGACGGGCCGUUCCCGGGGAAGUUCACCAGGGAGGCGUCGCUGCAGGCCGCCGUCCAGAUGUACGAGGACUUCAUCCAACAGGUCCAGCUGGCCGACUCGGUUCUGGUGGUCGGCGGCGGGGGAACGGGUGUAGAGAUGGCUGCUGAGAUCAAGACCGAGUAUCCAGACAAGAAGGUGGUUCUGAUCCACUCUAAAGUGGGCCUGGCCGACCCGCAGCUGGUCCACAGCGUCAGGCAGCAGGCCAAGGAGGUUCUGCUGGAGAAAGGAGUGGAGCUGCUGCUGGGCCAGAAGGUGUCCAACCUGUCGGACCUGCAGCUCAACGUGACCCAGAAGAACUUGGAGGUCAGAACCGAUAAAGGAGAAACUCUGACCACCGACCUGAUCGUCUGCUGCACCGGCCUCAGAGUCAACGCUGCCGCCUACCGAGACGCCUUCUCUGCCAGCAUGGCUGAGAACGGCGCUCUGAAGGUCAACGACCACCUGCAGGUCCAAGGUUUCUCCAACGUCUUCGCUGUGGGGGACUGUGCCGACCUGCAGGAACCCAAGCUGGCGUACCACGCCGGCCUCCACGCCUCCGUCGCCGUCACCAACAUCAUCAACAGCGUGAGCGGGAAGCAGCUGACCACGUACCAACCAGGUAGCGUCACCAUGCUGCUGGCCAUGGGCCGGGACGACGGCGUGGGCCAGUUCAACGGCUUCAGGCUUCCUCGCUGGCUGGUGGCUCUGGGGAAGAGCCGCGACCUGCUGCUGUGGAAGAGCUGGAGGGAGAUGCAGCAGACGCAGCCGCUGUGAUGAACACCGGCCGCAGUGAUCAUCAUCAGCAGCCGCAGUGAUCAUCAUCAUCUCCAGCCGCAGUGAUCUCUGAUGCUGGAGCUCCACAUCAUCACCAAGCGCCUCGCUCCAUCACUAAGCCAACUCUGACUAUUAAACCUCCACAUAGAAACUGACUAAAACAAGAACAUGAAACUAUUUGCACAGAACUAAAUGCCAGCUGUAGUUUUACUGUUACCUUUGAGACCAGUUUGAUCCAGCUGGGAGGUUCUGCAUGUUCUAGAUGAACGUCUUCUAGAACAUGCAGAACCUCAUAAACGUUGGUAAAGCUGCUGAGAGCGCCCCCUGUCUGUUUGGGAGACACCUGAAGGAGAACCAGGUUCCCUCCACAGAUCAGGAAGCUCUGAGUUUUAUCUUUGUCUCUGGUGAACAGAACCUCCAGAACCUGCAGGUUCCACGUGAACCUCUGAUGCAUUUAACUCCUGCGUUUGUAUUCUGCUGCCAUAAUGAGCUCUGAACAUAGAAAGUGCUUUGUAAGAUUUCUUAUGAAUAAAUUGAACAUAUAAAAGGUGAAA